GCCGCCCUUAAAUCGCCUGAUUCGAACCAUAAGGCGGCAAGAGUUCUUCGCCGCUGCUCGCAAUCAAAGUGCAGCGCAGAUCAAGCCAGUGAUCGAGAAGAGUAGGGAUGGGAGGGAAGUGCCCGCACAGGAAGGUGAAGAAGCGGAGGUUUUCACACAAAAGCGCACGUCGCUCCAGUUUCCUUCUAAAGGGCGACGAUAUGGUGUUUGACGAGCUGAAGAAGCUAGCUGAAGGGGAGGAGACCAAAGCCUUGCCCGUUGAUGAGGAUCUUCCCGGAAUGGGCCAAUUUUACUGUUUGCACUGCGACCGGCACUUUGCCAAUGAUGAGGUGAGGGAGGAGCACUAUCGCUCCAAGCGCCAUAAAAAACGAAUGAAGCAGAUGAACGGGCCUUCACCUCACAGACAACUGGAUGCUGAGCUUGCCGCUGGAAUGGGAAUGCCUGAUAAUGGCCCUAAGCUCAUGUCCAUGACCUUCGGCUAAGUCUUCUUCAUGCACAUGUCUAUGACCCUAAGCUCAUAAUCUGUUUUAUGGAUUCAUAAGAGUUUUAUUAGUAUUUUUUGGCUUAUAAACAUUGUUUAUUAGAAGAAAAAUUCAUCUUAAUAUGUGUUGAUGAUGAUAUGGAUCUCACGUUACCCAUUUUUUGGGUUUUUUUU